AACUCUGUCACACAGCUCUUCGUGUGCAACUUGAAUUUUCCUGACGGAAAAAAACAACGAUUUGUUUGAUUUAAAACACUUAACAAUUGCAAACGCAGUGUCGUUUCAAUUUACACGCAAUUAACAGUGAAAAAUGUUGGUCAACGAAGCCAGACAAGUGUUGAGCCGCGCCAGCUCCUUGGCGGCACGUCACCAGCUGCGUGCUAUUAGCAACACAACUCAGGUGGAACAGCAGGCGAAGCCAAAGGAGGAAUUGGAACCGCAGAUCAAGAAGUUUGAGAUCUAUCGCUGGAGUCCCGACAAUGCCGGCGAGAAGCCCUACAUGCAGACCUAUGAGGUUAACAUGCGUGAAUGCGGUCCCAUGGUGUUGGAUGCUCUCAUCAAGAUCAAGAAUGAGAUGGAUCCCACGCUGACAUUUCGUCGCUCGUGUCGCGAGGGUAUCUGUGGCUCCUGCUCCAUGAACAUUGGUGGCAUCAACACCUUGGCGUGCAUCAGCAAGAUCGAUGCGACCAGCUCGAAGCCAUUGAAGGUGUAUCCCUUGCCACAUAUGUAUGUGGUGCGCGAUCUGGUUCCGGACAUGAACAACUUCUACCAGCAGUACAAAAAUAUUCAGCCCUGGCUGCAGCGCAAGAACGAAGCUGGUGAGAAGAAGGGCAAGGCACAGUACUUGCAGUCUGUCGAGGAUCGCUCCAAGUUGGACGGUCUCUACGAGUGCAUCAUGUGCGCUUGCUGCUCCACAUCGUGCCCCUCGUACUGGUGGAAUGCCGAGAAGUAUCUGGGCCCGGCUGUGUUGAUGCAGGCCUAUCGCUGGAUCAUUGACUCCCGUGACGAGAACACCGUGGAGCGUCUGAGCAAGUUGAAGGAUCCGUUCAGCGUUUAUCGUUGUCACACCAUCAUGAACUGCACACGCACCUGUCCCAAGGGUCUGAAUCCAGGACGUGCCAUCGCCGAAAUCAAGAAACUGCUUUCUGGCCUGGCUUCGAAGCCAGAACCCAAAUUGGAGACGGCAGCGCUGCACAAGUAGAGAAUUUGUUAACCUAUCACACUCUUUGUUUGUGAAUCCGCUCCCUUGACUCCCAGUUCAGAUUGCCUCUGGCAACAGUAGAUAACCAACAUUUUUGCUUAUUAUGUUUAUAAUUUAUUUAAGCUUAAAGUAAACGACAAUUUGUUAUUACAGUUUGUAAAGGGAACUUUGUAGUCGCAAAAAGUAAUUAACUAAAUGGUGUAACUAUGAAA